AUGGAGAAGAAAGCGUCUGCUGAACCGCCGGGCUACACGGAGCCUGUCUUGCACCACGACGAGCAACAGGGUCGCCGGGGGUCUGCCGCUCUCAACAUCAUUGAGAAUCCGCUCAAGCGCAAAUCAGAAGACGACAACGUCCGCGAUGCCAGGGCCUUUGCCGAGACACACGGCAUGUCUGAGCACGCCGGGCUCUUUGGCCGCGCCGCCCUGGUGGCCCGCGAUCCGCAGAGGUUCGAGAUGAUUUCGGAACUCGACGAGGAAGAGCGCGGCGCCCUGCAGUACGAGAGAGACCACAAGUGGCAUGGGCCCUUUAUGCUGUGGUACUCGAUCGGCCUCUGUGCCGUCGGGGCGGCGACCCAGGGAUGGGAUCAGACCGGUGCCAAUGGCGCCAACUUGUCCUUUCCCCAGGAAUUUGGCAUUGCCGGCGAGGGCAGAGACGAAUGGAUCGUCGGGCUGGUCAACUCCAUCAUCUUCCUCACCGCCGGCCUCAUCGGCGCCUUCAUCGUAGAUCCGCUGAACCACUAUCUGGGCCGCAGAGGCGAAAUCUUCCUCACGGCCGCCUGUCUCACGGCAACGCCCAUCGGGUCUGCCUUUGCCAAGUCGUGGCAGGGCCUCUUCGCCGCGAGGUUCGUCAUGGGCAUCGGCAUCGGCGCCAAGAACGCCACGGUGCCCAUCUACUCGGCCGAGAUGGCCCCGGCCAGGACUCGCGGCGCCCUCGUCAUGUUCUGGCAGCUCUGGGUCGUGGCCGGCAUCUUCCUGGGCUUCGCGGCCAACGUCAUUGUCAAGGACGUGGGCGACAACGCCUGGCGCCUGCAGUUCGGCUCGGCCUUCAUCCCGUCCUUUGUCCUCAUGUUGGGCAUCUUCUUCUGCCCCGAGUCGCCGCGGUGGCUCAUGAAGCACGGCAAGCACGACGAGGGGUUCCGCUCCAUGCUGCGUCUCCGAGCCCAUCCCAUCAUUGCGGCGAGGGACUUUUACUACUCCCACGUCAUCUACGAGGAGGAGAAGAAGGAGGCCCGUGGCGCUGGCUACUUCUCCCGCUUGUGGGACUGCUUUGCUGUUCCUCGGAUCCGGCGCGCAAACUAUGGUGCCUCUACCGUCAUGAUAGCGCAGCAAAUGUGUGGAAUCAACAUCAUCUCCUUCUACAGCUCAUCCAUCUUUGAGAGCGUCGGCUACUCGGCCACCGAGGCAUUGUACGCGUCCCUCGGAUACGGAGCUGUCCAAGUCGUGGCCACCAUUCCUACUCUCUUCCUUAUUGAUACCAAGGGGCGAAGGACCCUGACCAUGAUCACCUUUCCUCUCAUGUGUAUAUUCCUCCUGGCUGCCGGCCUUUCGCUGCUCCCCAAUGGUGCUUACCAUAUUACUGCUCAAGGCGAUCAGAACCCUGCCGGCGACAUGAGAUCCCGCGGGGCGAGAAUCGGACCUGUCGUGUUGUUCGUCUACCUGUUUACUAUUUGCUACUCCCUGGGUGAGGGACCAGUUGCCUUCCAGUACUCGGCCGAGGUCUUUCCCACGAUUCAGCGUGAGCAGGGAAUGGCUUGGGCUGUCUGCAUCAACAACACCUUUGUUGGUUUCUACGCUGGCCUCAACCUUGUUGCUUGGGUCAUGAUAUUCUGCUUCGUGCGGGAAACCAAACAACUAACUCUGGAAGAGCUGGACCAGGUCUUUUCGGUCCCGACCAAGAAAUUCAUACAUUACGAGGCCACCGUGUGGCUUCCGUGGUUUAUCAAGCGAUAUGUCUUCUUCCAGAAGAUCCCUCGCCCUCCUCCCCUCAUCGAGAAGGCGGAAAGGGACGGUGCCAUCAAGGACGCGUAG